AUGGCUAAGGGCUUACGGGCAAAGACCCUAAGAAGAUAUCGCGCCGCAAAACGCCAUAUAAUUGACGAAAAAUUGGAAUCUAGACGUUCAAUGACUCUUUAUGACAAAAUGAUCAGGCUUUGCCGUGGUGAACAGGUUGAUUAUAUUCCGGCUCCAAACAUGUUUGUCCAUCCAGAAUUGCCCACAUCGGAAAUACCGCAAAGAAUUCCCCAACAUCCAAUAGACCUUAGGUCUGAAGCAGUCCCUGCCGCAGGUUUUGCAUUCAAGGGUAACAGAAAGAAAUUUACUAGAGAAGAUCUCAGAGAAUCGUCAAUACUAAGAAGUUCAAUUGGGUAUAGAUGUUAUGACCAUAAUAAAAAUAUAUCGCCCCAAGUUGACAUAAUGAAUGAUAUCGAUGUUGAUGACAGCACUGCCAUUAUUACUAGCAGUGAAAGAAGUGGAUUUAGGAAAAAAUUCAAAGGCAACACCAUUGCCGUUAAGAAAUUCAACAAGUCAAUGAGGAAGAAACAUUGA